AUGACCCAAGGUCGGCGCCCGGAGAGGGCGCUGUGUGUGAGAGUGUUGAACCGUGUCGCACGCAAGUGUGGCCUGCAACCAGUCGCUGACAAUGCUGCCCGAGCCAAAGUGGAAUCGCUUGCAGCAGAUGUCCUGGCCCGUGACCUUCUUCCUGCCGAUGUGGAGGCAGUGAACAAUAGCAUGCAAAAGUACCAAGCGACUUUUGAAGCAGCAGUGCCAAACCCGGAGGGUCCUCCGCAGCCUUUGGCAAGUCCAACAACCUACAAAUUUCAAGCCGUGCAGUUGACGUACAAUUCUUCAGCAGCUGCGUUUGUGUCCCAGGACUUCGUAGAACUUGAAGCUUUGUUUGAACGGUUCAAAGUCUUUUUGGCUUCUUUGCGAGCAUCUUUGUCUGUGAUUGGCGUCUCUGCCACCAUGGAGCGGGCAUCACCUGAGCGAGUUCAUUUGCAUGCCUACUUGCAUCUGUCCAAGCCAUUCCACCGUCGUGGGGCUGACGCCUUGGACAUGUUCAAGUUUGAAGGCUCAUCGCCUCACGUGGAGCCCAACAGGGCAUCUGGGAAGGCCUACAUUGGUGCUGUGCGGUUCAACUUCAGUGAUUGGCCACCUUUCCAAGCUUAUGGCGUGGAAGGAUGGUGGUUGGACAACUUGCUGAAGGCCGGGAAGCUUGAGCGGCAUGUCUAUUUGCGUUUGGCGGCCCAGGUGACAGUGGGUUUCCAGAAGCGUUUGGCAGAUUGCCGCGCCGCGGAAAGGUUUGAGCAUGACUUGCGAGUGCAGGAAGCAGUGGAAGCAGUGGAUGCUGCCACAGGUGAACUGCAACAAGCCAUUUUGCCCAUGAAGACCUUUGAUGUGGUGGAGGAGUUCAUUGCCUGCCAUGACGGCGCAGCACGCUUCCGCAGACCAAUCCUUGCCAUUGUUGGCGGCACUCGCCUGGGGAAGUCCAUGCUUGCAGUGGACAUACUCAAACGCAUUGCGGGCUGUUUGAACUUGCCAAGCUUUUUGGAGAUCACAGUGGAAGACAGCGAGCAGAUGGACUUAGCUGACUUUGACAGAGGCCAGCACACUGGAGUCAUAUUGGAUGGAGUUGGUGAUGCUUACUUUCUCAAGCGGAAUCGAGAGGUUUUGCAGGGGCGCCCCAAAAUUGUCAAGGGUGCCCGAUCGGCCACCAAUGUUUACAGCUACAAGUACUCCUUUUGUUCCAGGGCAGUGGUUGCAACAUUUGACUUGGGGGCAUCCAACCUGACGGCUUUGAAGUCUGACCACUGGUUGCAAAACCGAAACAAGGUGCAGUUGCUCUGGCUGGAGGCCCCUGUUUACCGUCAGCCAAGCCUACCGACUCCAGCUGCUGAUGUCUGGAAUGGCUCCGAGGACGGCCGCCGCAAAAGGCGUUGGAUUGGUUCGCCUGCGCGUGUUCUUGACUUUGGCGCCAGCUAA